AUGGUCACCGCGGCCCCUUCUUCUUCUUCUUCGUGGUGGCGCAAGGUGUACGAAUCCGCUGACAAUGGGAAGACAUGGACAGAGGCCACCGGGCCACUCUCGCGCCUGCUGAGUGACGCACACGCACUACCGGAUAUCUAUGGUUUUGUGGAGCUCAUUACAGCAACCAUUGAGGAGAAGACUGUGCUGCUGUGCACCCAGCUGGUGUUCAUUCACAAAACAGAAGAAGGGGGCAACGCACCAAACGACACCCAUAAUGUAAUUCACCUGUGGCUCUCUGAUGGGGCUCGGAUAUAUGAUGUUGGGCCAAUAUCUGCUGAUGCGGGAUUUUUUCCCUUCAGCUCUUUGCUGCACACAAAAGAUGGGUUGUUUGCCCUUUACUCGAAGAAAGGGGAGCAUGAAAUGCCACACCGUCUUUUUUUAAGGCCGCUCACGGAGCAGCUGCAGCACAUCAAGACCGUAUUGAGUAAAUGGAAAGAAGUUGAUGACAGGGUCUCAAAGCUUUGCGGCUCCACCACCACCGCUGCAAUGAAGGAUGGCGCAGAAGGUGCUGGCUGUGUCGGUCCUCUGCCAACGGCCGGGCUGAUUGGAUUUUUGUCUAACAAUGCCAGCGAUACUCACUGGAAUGACGAGUACUUCGGGGUGGGCGCCACGGUGCCUACGGGGACGACGACGAAGGUUGAGAAUGGCUUCCGGUUGGCAGGGCGUGGUGCACGGAUUGCGUGGCCGGUGGGCAGACGGGAGGGUAAUGCAGUGUGCAGUUAUGUGGGUGAGGAGCUGACGCUUGUGGCCACGGUGACCAUCAGCAAAGUUCCAACUGGCAUCACCCCAUUGCUGGGCGUGAACACGGUGGGUGGCCCCAACGGGAAGUAUCUGGGGCUGUUGUAC